GGCAUUCUGGGCGCUCACCUUUAAAGUGAGCUCCUUCUUCUCUGACACGUUAGACUGACUUGUCAGCAACAGCUGCCUCCAACAUGAAGCUGGUGAUGGUCCUCAUGCUGGCGGUCCUCCCCCUGUGCUGCUAUGCAGGUUCUGGCUGCUCUCUUCUUGAGAAUGUGAUUGAAAAAACAAUUGAUCCCACUGUGUCCAAGGAAGAAUAUAGAGACUAUAUUCAAGCGUUCACACAGAGUAAAACUGAGGAAAACGUUGUAGAUGAAUUCAAGCAAUGUUUUCUCCAGCAGUCAAAUGAAACUCUGGCCAAUUUCGAGCAGAUGAUGCAAACCAUUUACAACAGUGUAUUCUGUAAAAUAUUCUAACUUUCUACAAGACCUUUGGCUCAGAAAUGUCAACUGGCGAUGAGUAUAUACCACAAGCUGUCUGUCUUUUUGUCUUUUAAUCUACACACUGCAAGACAAUUGUUGAAACCUCAAAUAUGUUUUCAUUUCAAUAAAGUAUCCGCAUAUCU